AUGGACGUAGAGCUCUUAUUGGCCAUGGAGACUGCUGAAGAUCGCAAUGAACAGCGACGUUUAACAAGAAAUAAUCUUUCUCGAAAACAAACAAUUGUUAAUCUAAUGAUUGGUCUAUCAUCUUAUGUUAUUCGAAAAGUAAAAAAUUUCGCUGAGUGUGACGUUUCAAAUAGUGAAAUACUAAGUUCAUCAGAAACAAUGCAUACAUUUCAUGGCAAUUAUGACAUUGAUUUUGAUCUUAUUUCAGCAGCAGAUUGUAUUGGGAAUGCAGAAACCGAUGAUUUAGAUGAUGAUCAAUCAGAGGAUAAUUUUAAUUUAAUAAAUGAACUUCUUUUAUCAAAUAAUAAACAAGUUUCUUUACCUCUUCAUUCAUACACUGACAUAUCCACGAAAAAAGUAUGUUUAUCAUGUCAAUUUGAUAUUGAAUAUUCAGCUACAUCCUGUUUCAAAUGUAUAUCGAAUGAGAAAACACAAUUUGCGAACAUCUAUGAUACUGAUUAUGCUAUAGUAUUUAGUGGAAUAGUCGAACGACAUAUUGUUGAUAUAGUUAAAUAUCGUGAAAAGAUAUUAAGUGAAAAAUAUGACAAUAUAAAUAACGAUAUUUCAUUUCAGAAGAUUUACCGUUCUUUUUUAAAUACUACCGUUUAUCAACCAUUUAUUAGCACUUUAAUUCAUCUUGAUGGUAUCCCAUUGGAUACUUCAACAAAAUUAACAUUGUGGCUUCUCUCUUGUUUCAUAUUAGAAUUACCACCUCAUCUACGUAAUCAAAGACAAAAUAUGAUUAUCCUUUCGAUGUGGAUUGGAACUCGACAACCAAUUAUUAAAAUUUGGUUACGUUUCUCAAUUCGUGGUGGUGAACAAUGGUUUGUUUACUUUCUUGGAUUAAUCGGUGAUUGUCCAGCUAUUAAACUCGCAUUGAAUCAUAUUGGUAGCAAUGGUUAUUACUCGUACUGGUAUUGUAAAAUUGAAGGUGUUCAUAUGUGUAAUAAGCGACAGUAUCAUUAUGAAGAAGUACCAACUAUGAGAAGCAUUAACAGCUAUAGAAGUGAAUCAAAAGAAGCUGAAGUAAAAGGUGAAAAUAUAAAUGGUCAUUUAGCAUUUAUUGUUUUGACUGUUCACAGAGCAUCAGAAAUAAAAAAUUUAUUGUUAUAUGGUUUAUUACCUAUAUUUUAUCAACAUCUUCAAGUUGAUAAAGCUGCUCAUAUCGCUCUUUUCGUUUGUGCUGUUCGUCAGAUGCUUCAUGGUCCAAAAUUAUUUGGACAUAAAACUGGUCUUUUAGCUCAUGAUUUACUAUCAAUAUACUAUAAAGAUCAUUGUAAACAUUAUUAUAAUCUAGAAAAUUUAGUUCUUCAUUUGCACAUGCACUAUUCGACUCAAUACCUUAAUUAUGGCAGCUUAAAUAAUACAAAUUGUUUUGCACAAGAAAGUUUGCUUGGUGCAUUUUCAAAAAACCAACAUGGUACUCGUUACUGGGGAGAUUUGCUGAUUGAUUUUGCUUUACAAAAAAUAAUCAAUCAACAGGAAGUUGAUAAUGUUAAACGUAAUGAAGGAGCUUUUGAUAUAACACGCUUAUCAAUCAAUAAUAUAGACGAGCUCCUGUCGUGGCAUAAACGUGUAUGCGAUUGCAAUCAAACUGCAACGUGUAUCAUUAUCUAUCAUCGUUGUGUCAUUAAAAGUCAAACAUAUCAUUCUCUUUCUUAUCCAAAACGACAAUCAACUAAUAGUUAUUUCGUAAAGUACACUAAUGAUCGUCGUAAUACACUAUUCGGAGCAAUUGAACUUUUUUUUACAUAUAAAGAUUCUAUUUUGGCGCUUAUUAAUAAUUAUCCAAAUAAACAUCUAUUUUCCGAUGUCUUUGCUUCUUCUUCUUACCAUUCAUCCUUAUCAAAAUAUAUCGAUACGUACUUUUAUUUACUUUAA